UCUCCGCGCGGAAUUCAUCUUCAAAUCAAAAUCCCACUGAAACUGAACGUUACUUUACUCUUCUCCCUCUCUCUCUCUCUCUCUCUCUCUCAACGACAAUUAACCUUGCAAAGACAAGAAGAAGAAGAAGAAGAAGAAGAGAGCUCUUUGACGCUUAUUCAUAUUGCAGGUCAUCUAUGGGCAGGAGUCUUAACCCACUACUACAGCAAGAGCUGGAAAAUUUUGACAAAGAUGCGGAGAGUCACAGGGCAGCAAUGAAGGCACUCAAAUCCUUUGUGAAAGAUAUGGAUUCAAAGGAAAUCCCACUCUUUCUUACCGAAAUUUCUCGAAAUAAAGAAGCUGGUUCUUUGUCCGUUGAAGGUACAAUUUCUCUCUACGAAGUGCUUGCCCGCGUUCAUGGCACCAAAAUUGUGCCACUGAUAGACAACAUCAUGGGGUCCAUAAUCAAGACCUUGGCUUCAAGUGCGGGGUCUUUUCCCCUGCAGCAGGCAUGCUCAAAGGUGGUUCCCGCGAUUGCUAGAUAUGGUAUUGACGCAAGCAGUCCUGAAGAGAGAAAGAGACAUGUAAUUCAUUCACUGUGCAAUCCUCUUUCGGAUUCUCUCCUGGGUUCUCAAGAGAGCCUCACUUCAGGAGCUGCCCUUUGCUUAAAGGCUCUUGUUGAAAAUGACAAUUGGCGAUUCGCUUCGUAUGAGAUAGUUAACAAGGUUUGUCAAAAUGUGGCUGGGGCUCUAGAGGAAAAUUAUACAGAGACAAAUGCUCACAUGGGUCUUGUUAUGGCUCUAGCAAAACGUAAUUCUGUGGCACUUGAACCGUAUGCCAGGUUACUGGUACAGUCUGGGUUGAAGAUCCUAAAUACUGGGAUAGAACAAGCGAAUUCUCUAAAGCGACUGUCAGCCAUUGAAAUGGUUAAAUCUUUAAUGAAGUGUUUGGAUCCUUGGAGCAUAUGCACUGAGCUUCAGUUGAUAAUCCAGGAGAUGGAGAAGUGUCAUUGUGAUCAGAUGGCAUAUAUCAAAGGGGCUGCUUUUGAAGCACUGCAAACUGCAAAGAGAUUAGCUUCAGAAAAUGGGUCCAAAUCCCAUAAAGGUCCUGGUUCAGUGACUGGAUCUAAUGUUAGUAGGGGAAACAAUCGCAUAAGGAGAGCUUUAUCGGGUGCUGGUGAUCAAUCUCCGGUACUUGCGUCACCUGGAUCACAAUUCUUUAACUCCUUUGUUGAAUAUGACUCGUUGAUUGAUUCGCCAAUCUUGUCGAAGCAGGACAUGCAAUACUUGGAUAGUGACUGCAGGAGUGUUGACCAAAAGCUUUGGAGUUAUGAGAAUGGAGGAGUUGAUGUGUCUCUCAAGGAUGGUUUCUUCUCAGGGAUUGCUAGAUCAAGUAGUGUCUCUGACACAUGUUUUGAGCAAUCUGACCGCAAAAGAUUUGUUAAAAUGAAAGAGAACAGUGAAGAACUCUUAGGGUUCUCGCAGAACAAUCCUAGACGUGGAAUCUCUAGAAGCGCUGCAUCCAGCCCUCUAAGGUUGCGCACUCCAACUAAUAAAGACAACAAUAUCUUUAGAACUCCAAGGAAGCUUGUUCACCCUCUUCAGGAUAUAAGUAACAUAAACUCAGAAUAUCCUGAGAAACAAGUGAGGAGGUCCAGAUUUCAUUCCUUCAGUGAUUUUGACUGGAGUCCCAGUUCUGGAAGUGACCGAAAUUGUAUUUUACCUGAUGAUUACGAAUUCGGAGAGAAUGAAAGCUUAUAUGCUGAUAUUGAGCAGUUCCAAGACGGCGUUGAAUCUGUGUCAUCAACAGAAGACAUUCCUAUAGGUCCUGAUGUGCAAGUUCCUUAUCAGGUGAUUUCUGAAAAGAAAACCGUUCGUCUGAAGGUUGCUCUAAAAUUUGUUUGUGGACUAUCCUUUGCACUACUGGUAGCACUUACUCCAGUCUUUUGGUUAAGUAAUCAAGAUGACGGUUGCUAUCUCGUUCCAACUUAA